ACUUCUCUUUCUCCUCUGUCUGUUUUCUCUUUCUCUUCCCUCUCCGCCUCUGAUAGUGCUCUCUCUCCAUCUCCUUUCUGCUUGUCUCUCUUCGUUUAAGAGAUCUGGGGAUACUUUGUUAAUCUGCUCAUUUGAAGUUCCUAUUAGAUGUCUUGAGGUCUUUCAGAUUUAAUGAAGCUGAAGGAUCCUUCAGAAAGGAGAAAACGACGCUCUGCAGAUCUUCUCAGUGUUUCGGUCUUGACUGUUCUCAUAAAAGGCUUCUAUCCUAGAAACGUUGUCAGAUAUUAUCAAAACUGAGUGCUUCAGUGGCAAUUAAUCCACAAUUGUUGAUUUGACACCCAACAAAAAUGGACAGGAAGGACACAUCAGGCUUUGUAAGUGGUGGUGGUCUCUUUAUCAAGUUUUCUUCUACAUUUGGUAAUGCUGCAUAUACCUCUGAAUAGGAUUGUGGUAAGGCAGUUCUGCUAGGGGUUGUUCUUCUUUUGCUACUAGUGCCCCCAGACUAAAACUCAGACUCGGUAUCUCCAGUUCAUUUUGCUUUUUCUCAUCAUAUGAUGGAUCUCAAUGUGACAAAUUUCCUAUUCCCCGGUAAUGGGGAGACCAGCAAAAAUGAUAACUUCAGUGAUACAGCUUUGUGCCUGGACUUUCUUGGCUAUGGAACAAAAAAGAUUUCCAGAUCUAGAGAUUCUGGUAACAACCAUUGCAAUUUAUCUGCCCAAGUUGCACCUGAUGAUGGUUGCGGGUUGGUACUUGGUUUAGGUCCCACACCAAGUUACUAUUGUGAUGAUUACCACCGUUAUGGGUCAGACAAAAACACUGGAUCUGCUAAUAUACUUGGAGAAAAGUUGUCUUCUGAUGGUGACUCUGGUAUCCUAAAACUUGGCCUUCCUCAAGGAACUGGGGAUGCCUUGAGUUCAGAUGAAAAUUUAUUUGCAGACCAGGGCAAUGUGAAUGGGUCUUUUCACCGAAGCCAAAUGUCUGCUGAAGAAAAUAGAAUUUCCAUCCCUAUCGUUGAUGAAGGUUCAACUUCAGCAAAGAAAUCUGGUGGAUAUAUGCCAUCCCUUCUACUGGCACCUAGGCAGUACACGGGCAACUUCCUUAUGGAAACCCAGUCACUUUUAGAGUUGGGAACCAGGUCCCAUCCUCCUCCAGCUCCUGUUCAGUUGAGUCCCGAGCCUUCGGUCAUCACAGACUCAACAGGAAGACGAUCUGAGCCUGUAACUAGUUUGACUUCUUCAGAACACAGGACCCACCAUCCUAAGAAGUGUAAGUUUGAUGGAUGUUCAAAGGGAGCACGAGGGGCAUCUGGUCUCUGUAUUGCACAUGGAGGUGGACAGAGAUGCCAUAAACCAGGAUGCAACAAGGGUGCUGAAAGCAAAACUGCAUAUUGCAAGGCCCAUGGAGGAGGGAGGAGAUGCCAGCACUUGGGCUGCACCAAGAGUGCUGAGGGGAAGACGGAUUUCUGUAUAGCACAUGGAGGUGGUAGGCGGUGUGGACAGCCAGGGUGCACAAAGGCAGCCCGAGGCAAAUCAGGACGGUGUAUCAAGCAUGGUGGGGGCAAGAGAUGCAAGGCUGAAGGUUGUACUCGUAGUGCAGAGGGACAAGCUGGAUUGUGUAUCUCUCAUGGAGGGGGACGCCGGUGCCAGUACUCAGGUUGCACGAAGGGGGCCCAGGGAAGCACCAUGUAUUGUAAGGCUCAUGGUGGAGGGAAGAGGUGUAUAUUUGCAGGGUGCACCAAAGGUGCUGAAGGGAGCACUCCCCUAUGCAAGGGUCAUGGAGGGGGUAAGCGCUGCCUAUUUCAGGGUGGGGGAAUAUGCCCCAAAAGUGUACAUGGUGGGACUGAUUAUUGUGUUGCGCAUGGUGGGGGCAAGCGUUGUGCUGUUCCAAGCUGCACCAAGAGUGCCCGUGGUCGAACCGACUGCUGUGUCAGGCAUGGUGGGGGAAAGAGGUGUAAGUUUGAAAACUGUGGAAAGAGUGCACAAGGAAGUACAGAUUUCUGCAAAGCGCAUGGUGGGGGAAAGCGGUGCACAUGGAGGCAAGGCACAUGUGAGAAAUUUGCUAGAGGUAAGAGUGGGCUCUGUGCAGCACAUAGCAGCAUGGUCCAGGAUCGUGACACAAGCAAGGGCGGUAUGAUUGGGCCAGGACUCUUCCGUGGACUAGUAUCAGUUUCAACAGUUGGGAGCAGCAUGGACAAUGGUUAUUCUUCUUCAGCUGUGAGUGCCAUCUCCGACUGCAUUGACUCACCAGAAAAUCCAGCAAAAAGGCAGCACCUACUACCGCCCCAAGUCUUGGUUCCUCUGUCUAUGAAGUUCUCAUCAUCUUCUGGGAUAUUGGGGGCUGAGAGGGAGGAAGGAAGAAGCAAUCAGGGUGGUGGAGCUAGGAGUCUUGAUUUUAUGGUUCCUGAGGGAAGGGUACAUGGUGGCGGUCUCCUGUCCUUGCUUGGUGGGAGUCUAAAAAACGCCAUAGAUGGGAUCUAACUUCUAAGUUGCAAUUUCAAUUGGCGUAUUUCAGACUUCAAGUGAUUAUUGUUUGGAAUUUGGAAUUAAACUGUGCAUAUUAUGGCUGUGUUUGUCCUAGAGUAGGAGUCCAGAGUUUGGUCCUUGUAAUUGAUGGGAGUGAAGUAUUAGUGUCAGUAUUGGGGAAGCAAAUUAUAAUGUAACCAUAAGUGUCAUAGUCUUUGAUUCUUCUAUACGCGUCCAAUGAUCCAAUCUGAAAUCUUUGGAGAUGGGACUGUGUACAUGGUUGUAAAUAAGAGUUGUUUUUGUACAACUCUUAAUCCCAUUUUCUGUCCAUGCUUACGUAGAUACUCACUCCUCUAUAAUGGUCGGAGAAACAAAGGAUAAUCUGGUAGUAAUCAUACUUCUAUGCUCAGUAAACAUUCCUAAUUUCCGAUUGCAAA